AUGUAUCUGCCGGAGAGCCUCCACACUCUGGCCGAUAGUGAGGUGGUCCAGUUUGUGAAGAGGCCGAAGACUCUAUCCCGAAUCUUCGCUGGGAUGUUCUCGCUCAUCGUGUUCGCCACACUGCUGACUGACGGCUACCAGAACUUGCCCAGCUCCUCACAGCUGCACUGUGUCCUCAACGACAACGGGGUGGCCUGCAGUUUCGCGGUGGUCGCAGGCCUCCUGGCCUUCCUGUUCUGCCUGAUCUUCAUCACCCUGGAUACUCUGGCAUCCCGGAUCACCAGCACCCGCAUGAAGACCACAGUUUUACUGCUGGAUUUCUCGCUCUCUGUCAUCUGGGUCGGCGUCUGGUUCGUGGGUUUCUGCUUCCUGGCCAACCAGUGGCAGCACUCGCCCCCUCACCACUACCUUCUGGGCAGCAACAGCGCCAAGACAGCCAUCGCCUUCUCCUUCUUCUCCAUUCCCACCUGGAUGGCCCUGGCCUUCCUGGCCCUCCGGGACCUACGCAGUGACUCGCCCAUCCCCUACAAGCGCUCCCUGGACGAGGGUGGCGUAGCCCUGACCACCCUCUCUUCCGGCCCCACCACCACCACCAUUGGUCCCAACAGCCUGGGCUACCCGGGCUCCAUCCCGCCCCCGUACCCCACCACUCCCAAAGCCGCUCGCCUUGCUAUGAUGAAUGACAACUGAGGCCGCUCUCCAGAUCCCCCUCAGUUAUUAAAGAGACCUUC